GUGCUCUGCAGCUCGAAGGGACAGAGCUGGCCUGAGUUAAGCAGAAUGGGCCAGGCCUUGUGCUCCGGAUCGGAUGGGGCUGACCCAGGGAAGGCAGGACCUUCGAGCCAACCCUGAAGGGGCCACAGGUGAGGGAUGUGUGCCCAGGAGGGAAUUCCGAGAGGCGGGGCAGAAGGCGGGAACCCCACAGGUGGGCACUGCCUCAGGGACUCCCGCUUGUCCACGGCCCCGGGUGUCCUGCACCCCACACUCGGCCUCCUUCUGGAGGUCUGUGCCCAUCCCCACCCCCUUGCCCUCAUCUGCUCCAACCCACCACGCCUUGGGGCCUUCUCUUGGGGCUUCCUAGCCACCACCGCGCUCCACCCACCUCUGCCCUCAUCACCCACGAGGCCUUCCCAGGCCUCAGGCUCCACAGCCUUUCACCAGCCUCCGGCCGCUGGCAGUGAAAUUUACAGGGGCUCCCUCCAGGCCAGGGGUGCUUCCGUCUCCUCCAUGGCAGCGUCCCCGGCCCUGCGCGGGGCCCUGGGUGAACACGUGGGCUGAAUGAAUGAAGGAAUGAAUGAGUGCAUGAGGGACACAUGAACACAUGAAUGAGGCAAUGGCACUGGGGGUCCGUGUACAGCUUUGUUGCUUGCAUUGAAGACGGUGAAGGCUUUUCGUCCCGGUCCAAGCGUGGAGGCCUCUCUAGAAACCGCCCCUGCCAGCCCCAUGAGGGCGGAACGCCGCGCUCCGAGGCCACGGGCCAGUGCAGAAAAUGGCUUUGAAGUCUGGGCGGAGGGCAGAAGCCCCCCGCCCGGGAAGGAGGAGAGCCGCUGCGAACGCUCCCAGGAAAGGUCGCUGGGGGGCAGACCCGAGCGGCCGCGGCCCCAGAGCCCCCGAAGCGCAGCCCGCGGUGCGUCGGCGCCGGAGUCAGCGCCCUCCGCGUCCCCAGCGGCCCCGCCGCGACCUGCAGCCGCCCGGGCGCCCCGGGAGCCCGGCCCGGCCCUGCUCAGCGCCGCUCUGGGCUGGAGCUUGCACUUUCCGGGAACUCGGACCUCCCCCAGGACGCCCUCCCAGGCGCCAGCGGGCCCCGCGGAUCGUCGCCGUCCAGAGCUUGCUGUGGCCGCCACCUUGAAGAGAACUCUGUGGCAGACUAGAUGUCAUCAAGGGCACACGCAGGCGUGAGGGAGGCACCAGACCCCUCUGAUGCACCACUUUAAGGUCUUCUCAAACCCAGCUCCUCCAUUCCGGCCACAGACGGUCUUCAGUGGCUUCGUCCAGCUUCGAGUGGGUGCCAGCAGCCACACAGUGCCUUGCCUUGGGCCUGUGCUGGAGAUCUCUUGCUUCCUGUCCAGGCGCUUCUCUGAACAUGCGACUCAGGGUUCCUGGCAGGACCCACUGUGCAGCCACACUCAUGCAACCUGGGAAUGCUGGAAAGUUAACAUCUACAGAGCCGACCUGACUGCUGACAAGUUGAGCCGAUGGAGAAAUCUUUUCAGCUCGUGAGUGAACAGUUCUGAGAUACAUUUCGUGAGAUCCCCCAGAAACCUCCACAGGAGCAGGUAUGGGGCCUCCGCAGCCGUGACUGACUUGAUGAGACGCCCUCGUAUCGCGUCCCUGAGAUGUCAUUUCCAGCCGAAGUGUCUGCGGUAAGCCUUUGUCUCAAGCUUUGCCCCCAAGGAAACCAGACUAAGGUACGUGCCUUGUGGAAAGACUGCGCACAAAAAUGAACUCACAAAUGUAAAUAAGUAUAAUAAGUGUUAUGCAGAAAUAAUGCGGGGUGGUGUGUUGGGACCGUAACUCUGGAUCUGUGCCAUCUAAUAGGGUAGCCACUAGCCAUAUGUGACUAUUUAAAUAUAAACGCAGGCCGG